AUGUCAGUCAGAUCAAGAAAAAGGAUCCAAAGGAGUGUGAGUGUGAGAAGAGCCCCACUGAGAAGUGAUCCCGACCUGCCACCCCCACGCCGGCUGCACUCACCGUCCCCAGCUUCCGCUGGUUGCUGCCACCGCUGGUUACCCCCCAGGCCACCUCCUGCAAGUAUCAGCAUCCUGCUUGAGUCCCUUGGCAGUCGGGCCCUGUACUCCUCAUGCUCCAGCACUUUGCUCUGGUUUUUGUUGCGGCGGGAUAAUGUGGAUUAUGCCCAAACCCGGGCUUCCCGUAACUGGUUUUUAGUCCGUGAUUGCCGCGGUGACGUCCUUGCCACUACCCGAGUCCCGAAUACGAACCCUCAUCCCGCCUCCUUGUUGGUGUUGAAUCGAACAACUAAUAGAGAUCAAGCUAUGGAGCAGUUUGAUCAUCAUUCUCAAUCUAUUCUUGUUUAA